UCCUUGGCCCGCUAUCUUUCCCCCCCUCCAUUUCCCGCUUCAAAGCUCAGCUGCUUCUGAACCCUCCGCCAUACACAGGCUCUUCCCGCAAGCUACCAUUUCACAUUCACUCUGGAACUGAACCAGCAUAUGCAAUUAGAAUUUUUGGGCGGUUCUUCCGUCCUCAGUUCCCCACAUUCAGCUCCCUACAAGCAGAGGAUGGCAUCAUUUGGCGCGCUUUCACUAUGCCCCUGCAGCCCGCUGUCACGCCCUCAUCAAACAGUUCGUACUAUUUAUUGUUGCAGGGGGUCUCCUACAGUUUUAGGCAAAAAUGUCUCUAAAGAGCACCGCAAAAGACCAGGAAGAUUGGAAGGUGCUAAGAGAAGCAUGGAAGACUCCGUUCAACGCAAGAUGGAACAGUUUUACGAAGGUUCAGAUGGUCCACCUCUCCGGGUUCUUCCAAUAGGUGGUCUUGGUGAAAUUGGCAUGAAUUGUAUGCUUGUUGGGAACUAUGACCGCUACAUUCUGAUUGAUGCUGGCGUUAUGUUUCCUGACCAUGACGAGCUUGGUGUCCAGAAAAUUAUACCUGAUACCACAUUUAUUAGAAGAUGGAGUCACAAAAUUGAAGCUGUUGUUAUUACACAUGGCCACGAAGAUCACAUUGGUGCGUUGCCUUGGGUAAUUCCAGCUUUGGAUUCCCAUACACCAAUAUUCGCUUCAUCCUUUACAGUGGAGCUUAUAAAAAAGCGUCUGAAGGAAAAUGGGAUUUUUAUUCCUUCUCGACUUAAGGUGUUUAAGAUGAAAAGGAGAUUCACAGCUGGGCCAUUUGAAAUAGAGCCAAUUAGGGUUACCCAUUCCAUUCCCGAUUGUUGUGGCUUAGUUCUUCGAUGUGCAGAUGGUACAAUUUUUCAUACUGGAGACUGGAAGAUUGAUGAAUCACCAUUGGAUGGUAAAGUCUUCGAUCGAGAAACUUUGGAACAACUAUCAAAAGAAGGAGUGACUCUUAUGAUGAGUGACUCAACAAAUGUACUAUCUCCUGGAAGGACUAUUAGUGAGUCUGUGGUGGCAGAUGCACUUUUAAGACGUAUCUCUGCAGCUAAAGGAAGGGUCAUUACAACUCAGUUUGCUUCAAAUAUACACCGCCUUGGAAGUGUGAAAGCAGCCGCUGAUUUAACGGGUCGAAAGUUGGUAUUUGUUGGCAUGUCUUUAAGGACAUAUCUGGAUGCAGCCUGGAAAGAUGGAAAGGCACCGAUUGAUCCAUCGACCUUGGUAAAAGUGGAGGACAUUGAUGCCUAUGCUCCAAAGGAUUUAUUGAUUGUCACAACUGGCUCACAAGCAGAACCUCGUGCCGCCCUAAAUCUUGCAUCUUAUGGAAGUAGUCACUCUCUCAAACUGAGCAAGGAAGACAUGAUUUUGUAUUCGGCCAAGGUUAUUCCCGGUAAUGAAUCUAGAGUGAUGAAAAUGUUAAACCGUAUAUCAGAGAUUGGAUCUAAUAUAAUCAUGGGUAAGAAUGAGUUGCUGCACACAUCUGGUCAUGGAUAUCGUGGGGAAUUAGAGGAAGUACUUCAAAUUGUUAAGCCCCAGCAUUUUUUACCCAUUCAUGGAGAGCUUUUAUUCCUCAAGGAGCAUGAACUUCUGGGCCGGUCGACAGGAAUUCGUCACACAACUGUUAUAAAAAAUGGAGAAAUGCUUGGAGUAUCUCAUCUAAGAAACAGGAGAGUUUUAUCUAAUGGUUUCACCUCUCUUGGGAUGGAAAAUUUACAGUUGAAGUAUAGUGAUGGUGACAAAGCAUUUGGAUCCUCAUCUGAGCUUUUCGUUGAUGAGAGACUAAAGAUUGCAACAGAUGGCAUUAUAGUGGUCAGUAUGGAAAUCUUGCGACCCCAAAGUGUCGAUGGUUUAAAUGAGACUGGCAUUAGAGGAAAACUAAGGAUCACUACUCGAUGUUUAUGGCUCGACAAGGGGAAGCUUUUAGAUGCUCUUCAUAAAGCCGCUCAUGCAGCACUUUCAAGCUGCCCCGUAAAUUGUCCUCUAGCCCACAUGGAAAGAACUGUGUCUGAGCUUCUGAGGAAGAUGGUUAGAAAAUACAGUGGUAAGAGGCCUGAAGUCAUAGUCAUGGCUGUGGAGAACCCUGGAGGAGUUCUA